AUGUCCUCCUCACUUUUGGAUAAGGCCACGCGCAUUGCGCGUGAUUUUGAUUACCCCGCCGAAAAUGUGCAGCGCGGUGUCGCCGAGUACAUCAAGCAGUCCAACGAGGGCUUGGCUAAAGAGGGCACUACCUUGAGCCAGAUUCCCACUUUCGUGGAUGCCGUACCAAAUGGCACAGAGAAGGGCCUUUACCUUGCUGUAGAUCUUGGCGGCACAAACUUCCGUGUGUGCUCGGUCCUCCUGCACGGCGAUACUACCUUCUCCCUCACCCAAUCUAAGAUCCUCAUACCCCGGGAAAUGAUGGCCUCGGGCACUUCCAAGGAUCUCUUCCUCUUCUUGGCCCGUCAGAUUGAAUCAUUCCUGCGGAUUCACCACAACGACCACUUCCAGGCUCACCUGCACCGCCGACGGGAGGGUAGCACCGAGGAGGAUCUCUUUGAUUUGGGCUUCACUUUCAGUUUCCCCGUGCGCCAGUGCGGUAUCAACCGCGGAACCCUGAUCCGCUGGACCAAGGGCUUCAACAUACCCGAUGCCGUUGGUCACGAUGUCUGCGCUCUGCUCCAAACCGCUAUUGAUGAUUUGAACCUACCAGUGCGCGUGGCCGCGCUGGUGAACGAUACCGUCGGUACUCUGAUGGCUCGCUCAUACACCUCUCCCGGCGAAACGGGUACUUUCAUCGGCGCUAUCUUCGGUACCGGUACCAACGGUGCCUACGUGGAGAAGACCAAGAAUAUCACCAAGCUUAAGGAUAUUAAGGAUGUUCACUUCGAGGACACUACAGGCGAGAUGAUCAUCAACGCCGAGUGGGGUAGCUUCGAUAACCAGAUGAGCGUGCUUCCCACCACGGUCUUCGACGAUGAACUAGAUGCCGAUAGCAACAACCCUGGGGUGCAGAUGUUCGAGAAGCGCGUUUCAGGCAUGUUCUUGGGUGAGAUUCUGCGCCGUGCGCUUUUGUCCCUACACAAGGAUCCUGAGUUUGGAUUGUUCAAGGCAGACAAGAACUCCAAUGUCGUUCUUCCCGAGAAGUCUAUGCUCUUCCGCCAAUGGGGUCUCGACACCAGUCUGCUGAGCUCAGUCGAGGCCGAUAGCAGCAAGGACCUGGCUGAGGUCAAGACCGCGUUGAAGGAUCACCUUGGGAUCGAGUGCCCCAGCCUGGAGGAGUGCCAGGCUGUUAAGAUACUGGUUCACGCUAUUGGUAAGCGUGCCGCUCGCCUGAGCGCUGUUCCGUUGGCUGCAAUUCUUGUGCACACCAACAAGCUUGCGAGUGAUGAUAUCAUCGAUGUCGGUGUUGACGGCAGUCUUGUUGAGUUCUACCCCAACUUCGAAGGCCACAUGCGCGAGGCAUUGCGCGAAAUUCCCGAGGUUGGAGUUGCUGGUGACAAGAAGAUCCGCAUUGGCAUUUCCAAGGAUGGCAGCGGCGUCGGCGCAGCUCUAAUUGCUCUCAUUGCUAGCAAGGAACAGGGCAUUACGGCUCCCCACGAGAGCUAA